AUGGAGUUAUUAACACCAGAACCAUGUUUGCCAAAGGUUGAUUCACCUGUUGGUUUGACUGGUAGUCAUCAAAGAGGCAGUCUAGAAUACUGCUGUCCAAAAGAAAACAAACGUGAUGACAGAGAGAAAUCUGAUGUCAGGGAAGUGAGAGCAGAUCAGCAAACCUCAGUGGAGAGUACGACGUCUUUUCUUCAGAAGUGUAUACUGAAUCCCAACAAGUUGCCAGGAUGUAUUUCUAAUUCAGAUUCUGGAGAUGAUAGCACUGAAACACAGACUUCAAAAUGCUGUGAACCUUGCCAAGGAAAACUAAGUAAUGCAGAAGCAGGUAUUACUUUUCAGGUGUAUAAAUUUUAAAUCUGUUCUGCAGCAAACUCUUCCAACUUGGAAGAUUCUGAAGAAACAGCUGUAGAUCCUCAGAUUCAAGCAGCUAUAAAGCAAAUGAAUAAACUUGACACAAUACUGGCCAAAAAAAAGUUUAAGGAGAGAGCAAUUAAAAAACAAGGCAACGAAAUGAGGACAAAGCUCUGGGACGAACUUCAGUCUAUCAGUACCACUGGAAGCCAUGAGGAGAUAGAAAACACAAAACUUUUUUUAGCUUUGAUCUCAUCAUGGCAGGAUACAGCUGAUCCCUCCCAUGCUAAAGAAGAUGAAAUAUGUACUUCAGUAUUUCACACACAAAUGAAUCCAGAAGAAUAUGAUUGCCAUAAAACCCAACAUAACCAGGAUUAUCCAAGUGAAUUAGAAACAAAUGAAUUUCUUAAUCGAGCAGAAAAAAUGCAUAGCAAAAGUAAAAACGAUCAGGAUUUCAUUAAAAAGAACAUCGAGCUAGCAAAGGAUUCAGGAAACCAGAUUGUUAUGCUUGAGGGAGAAAGAAAAAGGCUAAUUGAGCUAUUGAAAGAUACAGAAGAUGGAAUUGAAUUGUACGAUCUUGAGGAGGAUGUAUCUGGCUGGCUAGCACCGGGAGAAGGGUACACACCUGAACCGAUGGAAUUUCAUCACCUGAAUGAGAUAGACAUUAAGCUGCAAGUACUACUAUCUGAUGGGGAUUUUUCUGUGAUUUCCAGCUCUUGCUCAAAACCUCCAAGCCAGAUUUAUCAGGAGUCUCUGGUUUAUGCAAACAGAAGCCUAGAAGCAGUUCCAGGUGAAAAGGUUCUGCGAGAGAACAAGGAACAACGUGAUCAACAAAAUCGUCUGAAAGAAAUAGAUUAUCAACUGAAAUCCCUAGAGAAAAAUCUC